CUCAAAAUGAAGUCAAGCAAGCUUUCAUAAAUAAUGUUUAGUAAAUUGUCAAUAAUAUUUAAUUCGAUAUAUUUUUUAUCAUAAACAUUUUGUUGUUAGUUCAUACGUGUGUUUACUACUAUAUAAAGUAUUACUGUGACUGAGUUUACCAUGAGCUUCUUUCGUCCAUCAACUGUGCCAUGAAAUGAUUUUAUAAUGGCUACUUCUGAAAAUUGGUUUAAUCGGAGGAAAGGCAAAACCACCAGUGAUGUGUUUAAAUUGGACAUUAAAAACAAAACACCAAAGGAGAAUGUAAUAUCAAUAAUUGAAGGGCUGUACUUAAUGAAACCAUUCCAUCAUGAGGUUUCGCCCACAAGCAAAACUGUGCCGAAGGUCACAGUGUUCCGUGGAGCUCAGAGAAGCAGCUCGGACACCCGCAAACUGUCCUACUUGAAUGCAUUAGUGACGCUGCUGGGCAAGGAGGACAUCAGCAACCUGGGAUUCACUUCUGAUGAAUUGAUGACAUGCAUAAGAAUAAGCUUAGUGGAUGAGUCUAUGGUGUUGAGAGCUGCAGCUUUAAGAGUGCUCAGAUAUUUGAUCAGAACGGAAAGUGAUGUAGCAACAUUCAAUAACCUGAGGUUGCCUUAUCUGGUCACAAGGUCAAUGGACCUCAUGCUCCGCAACGAAGAGGAGCGCGCCCAAGCACUCCGCGUGGUCCGACGCGUAGUGGCCAUGGUCGGGUGCGUGGGCCCUCGGAGGCUCCGCGCCGCGCGCGUAGACGAGGGGCUGCUGCGGUGCCUGGCCGCGGUCGCCAGGGCGGGCGCCGGCGACGGCUCGCCCGACCGGCUUGCGAGGCCCGCUAUUGCGACGCUUGCCGAGAUCUGCGUGCUAAACCCCGACCUAUUCAUCGCCUGCGGCGGUGUAACCGCAGUGUCCCGGCAGCUGGCCGAGUGCGCGACGCCGCACAUGGCCGAGGCGCUGUGCGGCGUCCUUCUGCACACGCUCAACGAGCCCGCCUCGAGGAACGCCGCUAGGGUCGACCUCGCCUGCCUCAGCUUCCCGUACUGCGACUUCCACAACAGGCCCCAGGGGGACGCUAACAAGGACGAGCGCGAGAUGCGGUUCACCUGCAGCCGGCUGGCGUUGCUCUGCGUGCUGCGCAGCUGGCCCGGCCUGCUGCACUUCUGCCACCCGCGCAACACCGGCGGCCUGCGGGCCAUGGUCUCCGCGCUCUAUCUGCCUAGGUUGGAAGUCAGGAAAGCGAUAUUAGAUCUGUUGUAUGAGCUCGUCGGAUUGCCUCAGCCAGAGUGGACGGACGAGAUUUCUGUGGCACUAGACGCUGUGGAUCCCUCUGACUUCCAAGAUUCUUGGCGCCUCAACGAAGGCUUCGUGGCCGCGGAGGGCACAGCCAUCCUACCUCACCUCAGCGCGACCGGCUCCGAUAUCACUGAGAUCCACCUCGCGCUGCUGCUCCAAUGCUUCUUAGAGGCUGGUUUACUGGACGGCCUGACUGAAGUGAUAGUGACGAGCGACACGUUCAUAUCCGUCCGCGCGACCGUCCUCCUCGGUCAACUGUUGCAUUUAAUACACCUCCUCCUACCUCCCCAAGUCUGCAGCAUAACGCCAGCGCUACCUCUGCUCAUGUCACAAGCGGCCAGCGGUCGACCGCAAGCUUUAGCGGCAGUGGCGGCCCUCAGGCGCCUUCACGCCAUACACGAAGCGCGCCCGGCCAGCCAUUCCCUGUUCCUCGACCAUAUCAUACAAUACUGUAGCGGCGCCUACAGACACAAACCCGAAGAUACCUCAAAAAGCAGAAAAGAAAUUGACAACGCCAACAUGGCUAAGCCUAAAAGCUUCAUGUACAAGGAUAAUAGCAUAGAAUUCCUCAACGAAUCAGAUAACGAUGAACCCAAGCAGCGGCACAGCGUCGGCUCGCGCGCCGACGUAGCCAACCGGAACUACGGUGUGUUAGUGAAAAGUAAAAGUGUGAGCUCCCGGACGGGUGCCGCGGUCAGCAAAGUGACUAAAUCGGCCAAGUUCUUUAAUCUGUUCGACCGUGAUAGUGACAAUCUGAUUCGGUGUACGUUGGUGAUGCAGAAUAAGGACGGCAACACGUGGAAUUGGGAGUUUAUCAGGGCUAUUUUGAAGGAGAACGACUCCGCGCCGCUCCUAAACCUAUGCGACAGCGGGCACAAAGCGUGGGUCGCACGCAUCGUCAACUACCUGAAGCCUUCCUCCAACAAGUACUCCCACACGGACUUGUCCACCACCUCCAACGGGCACUCUACCACCCGGGCCGGCUGCCAACUAAUCAGACACUUGCUGCGGCACAAUGACGCCGACUCUCAAAGACUGCUAGAAGAGCUCUUCUGUGACGUGAGCCGACAAGUGGAAGCCAUCGAGACGGGGCGGCGCGCCCACGAGUGCCUGUUCAGCCCGCAGCACAUGAGCAACACCAUGUGCCAGAUGUACUUCCUGUUCAUCGGGCAGCUGUGCCACUCGCACACUGGCCUCGACCUGCUCAAGCAGACCAACUUGUAUGACAACCUUCUGGAACUUUCAACAAAAACCCACCACAGUUGCUACGUGAAACUAGUCAUAUCUAGCCUCGACUACACCCUCGACUCCUACCCACGGGACAUCCUCGCCAAAACCUUGACCUGCAGCAUUCAAGCUUCAAGACUGUACGCCACACAAUUCCUCACGGUCCUACUACGGGCCUCGCAGAAAUCUAAAGAAUUGGUUCGAAGAAGAUCAAAAUUGAAAAAGAACUUGGUCCAGGAGCAUUUGAAGUCGUCUCAAAGAGAGGAGGAGACUAGCGGGGUGGACAUGGAUACUUGGUUGCUGCAGAUGCUUAUAGCGCAGCUGAAAGACGAGUCGAAGACGGUGGUGAAGUGCGCUGUGAUGGCGUUAGAGGAAGCCUAUAGCGUACCUGCCUUAUUAGAGAAGCUAGUGCUUCAAAAGGACGUGCUGGCCCACAACUGCCGGUUCGACAAGAGCAUGGAGCCUUCAGCGCUGGACUUCUCCGUGGCCGGAGACCGCGGGUACCUGAUCUGGCUCGGGCUGGAGAUCGCGGCCGCGGCCGGCUCGCAGCAGGACCACAAGGCGAAGGCGUUCAUCAAGAAACAUGUGGAUUAUUGGGUCAAGAACUAUAAUUACAGAUACGUGCGGCUGGUGGAGGCGGCGAUCCACGACGCGCUGGCGCUGUGCCCGGGCGGCGGCGGCGCGCGCGCGCGGGCGCGGCGCACGGCGCGGCCGCCGCCGCACGCGCUGCGGGCGCUCGCCGGCGCCUCGCACCUGGCGCGCGCCAUGCUGCCGCAGGCGCUGCAGCCUGCGCUAGCGGUGUUACAACGCAAAACCUGCGUCACCGAGCAAGAGAUAAUGGACGUGAAAGCGUCUCUCUGGGCCGUCGGCAACGCCGCGCUGCACCCGCUAGGGCUCCAACAACUCCUCUCACUGACUAACCCCAGCGAAGAAUCGAUACCGGUUCGGAUCGUGGCGCUGGUGAAACAGUGCCCCGUCUACUCCGUGCGGGCCACCGCUUUCUACGUGCUGGGACUGAUCGGGAGCACUUAUGAAGGGGCUAACUUGCUGUCGGACCUGGGUUGGCUGUGCGUGAGACAUACAAGGCACGACCAAUUCCCCAUAAUCCAGGACGAAUUUUACGCCAUCCACAACCCGACAAUCAACUUCAUCGCGUCCCCCGAACGGAGAUUCCAAGUGUUCGACGCGGAGGCCAGCGAGCACUCCGACCACACCGACCUCAGCGAGAGCCUGCACUCUGAAAUCACCAAGCCGAGCAAACUCCACGAACUGAACCAAGACAUGGUCGAUAGCAAGCUAAACAUCAAAGAACCGGACAAAAGAAAGUCGCACACCCUCCCCUCUCAAGGCGCUUCGAUUAGCCGCACGCUUAUGAGUGAGUCCAGAACGGUGGACAUACUUAGGGAUUUCGACCGGCCGCAUAGGAACCCCGCGGAGAGACUGAUUGGCAGAAUGAACUCUUUGGAGCAUGCUCAUGAAGGCAGGGUGAGGAAUACGAGCGAGUCGAGCACGAGUGGCGUUAGCAGCUGCGAUUCUGUGCUCGGGAAAUAUACGAUUCCUGAUCGAGUUCUGACGCUUAGUCCCAUACCAAGCUCGUCGAGCCUUUACGGAAUGAAAGGCAGUAGCGGCUCGCAUCGAACAAGGCUGUCAGAGACGCAGCGGCGGACUUCAAGUUCAAGUUUCACAGCACCAGAUGUAUCGAGCUCGCCGCCCUCUCAGUUAGACAUGAGUGGAUAUGCCACCUUAAUAUCACUCAAUAAACAUAGACGACCUCACCUGUCGGAGAGUGCGGCGUCGGGCUCGAGUGACAUGGACGAUCUGAGCUGGUUAUUGUCGGACACGCACCGGCGCAGCAAACCUUUCUCUUCGUUGAGGGACCGCGCCAAGUCUACUAGAGAGAGGAUGGCCAAGUUGAGCUUGCUGGACUACGACUGGAAGCCGCUGUGCGUGGCGGAGAGCGGGACGGGGACGGCGCGCGCGCCGCGGGGCGCCGCCGCGCAGGCCGCGCGCGCGCCCGCCGCCGCCGCCGGCCCGCCGCCGCACUACGUCGGCAUCUGCCUGCCCCGCGACCUGCAGGCGCUGUUCCCGAGCGGGGCGGGGACGGCGCGCGCGCCCGCCGCCGCCGCCGGCCCGCCGCCGCACUACGUCGGCAUCUGCCUGCCCCGCGACCUGCAGGCGCUGUUCCCGAGCGGGGCGGGGACGGCGCGCGCGCCCGCCGCCGCCGCCGGCCCGCCGCCGCACUACGUCGGCAUCUGCCUGCCCCGCGACCUGCAGGCGCUGUUCCCGAGUGAAUUACAUGAUGUCGAUGUGGAUGAGAAAGACCCUCUGAAAGUGAACAAAUCCUCGACAUUACUGACCGACACGAGCAUCGCUAGCACUGAAAAGCCACGGUUAAGUCUCGAAGUGGACGUGUCGAGCUCGACCGACGUCAGCUCACGAAUAUCCAGCAGAACGCUAACCGACAAAAACAAAGAAGCUAACCAGAAGGAAAACGAGAAGACCAUCGAACGGCAAAGCAGUGUCGAACGCAGCGUCCACGACACUUCGAAUGAGAGGGUAGCAAAGGAGUCAAACGACGGGACGUGGAGGCACGCGGCCAACGAGUGCUUGGCGUGCGUGCGGACCAGGCCGCCGUCCUCGCAUGAGCUGAGAGAGGCGUUUUUUCUUGGUUUGGAAGGCGGGUCCGGCGACGCCGCGCGCGCCGGGAGCGCCGCGCCGGCCGCGGAGGGCGCGCGCGCCGCCGCGGGCGCGCCGCAGGCCGAGCUGCUGCACCACGUGCGCUGCAUGUCCAACCCCAUCUACCUGCGGCAGACGCGUUCCGCGGUGCUGUCGCUGAAGCAGAAGCACCCGGACGUGUUCCGCAGCGCGUGCGUGUACUCGGACGUGUGCGGGCAGCUCGCGCGCGCCACCUACCUCAUGUGCGCGCGCCGCUUCCUGCACGAGCUCUUCCUCGACGCCACCUUCGAGUGCUUCGCCGACGAGCCCCGGGCGCUGCUCGCCCGCCACAAGCCCGUCGCCGCGGUGCCGGUGCCCGAGGCGACCGAGUAGCACAGGUGCCACGUGCGGCGAGGAACGAUGGCGAAACAGAUAAAGUUGUGGUAUCGACCUAACAUUAACAUAUGUUCGGGUGGGAACGGUUGUUUAUUAUCAUUCUUACAUGGUGGCGAUGAUAAAGUAAACUGCGGAAUUCUGAGGAGACUGGAGUAAUCUACCUCAUGUACGACAUGAAAGAGCCUGUAAGUGUGAUUUCCAAGCGGAAGGAUAGUACGAUUGGAUGAUGUAGAUUUGUAAAUUGAUUGGAUGCUUCAACCAUAGACUAGGAAUGUUUUGUCUGUGGCUUCAACUGAAAGUGGCAUGAACCGAUGAUAUCAUUUGCUGUCUGCUAAGCAAGUGUUACGUAGUGCUUACGUAGAGAUUCUGCGCCUUAUAAUAACGACGAUCGCAGGGCAUCUUUUGAGACACGAUAAAUUUUCGAGGCAUUUCAGCAGUCAACUUGUUGCAAAUAUCAUAUGUAUGAGCAAAGAAACCACUGUGAACUACAUACAUGUAAAAGAACAAAUAUAGCAUUGUUUUUGGUAACUGACAACUACCAGAAAGAAAUUUGUAUAUUUGUAAUCGUUAGUUGAUGCCACUUUUUAAUUAUGCACAGAACAAUAGAUAGAUACAACCAUGUCAUUGGACUCUAAUGUACCUAAGGGUGGUAUUCCACCUGUCCAAUUUCUUUGUCCAAUAUACUGAUUUAAACUUUCACGAUUAUUAAACAUUAUCAAACUGUUUCACUCACUUGAAUUU